CUAGUGCUUAGUUGUAUGUUGUCGUCUGAUCAUCUAACCUCUAGAUGGUUGCAAUCCUCUCUUGGCUAGCCUAUGUGGCUUGACAACUGCUUCACGCCUGUCCAGCUCAAAUCGCACUUCACCCCCGUUCCUGACCUCUUCAAAAACUUGACUCAUGCCGAAUCGACUCGCUCUCCCUCUGAUCCAUGGCCGGAAACCCCAGCACCCACAUCGUGUUCGGAGCCUCCCCGGACUCGUAUCUCAUCGCGCACGGACGCCGAUUCGUCUCGGAGAACAUCCCCGACCAGCUGCUCCGUCACGUCCAGAAUGAGAUGAACAUCAGCAUGACGCUGUGGAUCAGGUGCGGGCCUGCGCCCCCUCCGCUCAUUCGUGAUGGUGCUGAGAUCUCGCUAGCAUGGGCAGUGCGCCGGAUACGUGGGUCACGCACAACGUCGCGACCGCCAAAUACCACUUCAGCUCGACGAUCGAUCCGACGGUCCGCGCCCACCUCGCGGGGACGAACAGCAAGUUCGCCGCCGACUUCGUCACGUUCCCGUCCAGCGGCGACGCCGGCCGCUUCUUCGUCAAGGGCAAGGCCAGCGGGCAGUGGAGCGCUGUGCUGCCGCAGAUCUAUGUGGACCGGCUGUCCGCGGCGAGGGCGGAGAUCGGGGCGUCGCAGCUGGACAACGCGCUGACGGGUGUGUUGUUUGGCAAGGGCAACACUUGCAUCUGGUUGCUUGCGGGUGGAUUUGCGAUUCAGCCGGACGAGAAUGCUGAGGACUGGACGGAGGAGCAUCCACUGAUCCAGGUAGGCCACUUCUAGCCUGAUUCCCGCCCUGUCUCACAGCAUUGACGUCUCCUGCGGCAGGUUCUCCUCAAGCAUCAGGAGGGCUGGUUGAUCGAGCGAGGGUCGUGUCUGAGCUUCCACAAUUCGCGGCACUUCUUCCUCAAGCUCAAGAACAUCCAGCGGGGCAAUGUCCGGCUGCACUGGAGUCUCCCGGACAACAUGGCCGUCAAGCUCAAGAGGCUCCAGGAUACCUUCGCGGGUGACCCAGAGGAACGCCGACUGUUGGCGGAAUCAGACCAGAUGUGGCUUAAUGUUGUCAAUGGGCGUGUGAACUCGGAGAUGCAAGCGAUCAGUAGCCUAGCUGCGCAACGGAAUCGACUAGGCGUCUAUGCUCGAGCGGCGUUGACUGGAGAGACGGUGAUCGAACGACGGCACAUAUGAUAAGUACGCCGAUAGACUUGAGUCUGACAUUGUAAAGUCGAACUAGUUUCCCCCCUUCCAUCCUAUGUCUCCAAGCACAGAAACAUCUGUUCAUUGUCUAGCAGAUCUCGACAGUGCAUGGUGUGUGAAUUCGAGAUCAAUCCGCACCAGUCCCGCGCCCUGCGCCGCUUCUGUCCUUCCCCCUUCUCCCUCGAUCCGCUCGUGCGGUGUCUUCGAAUAAAGCGGGAAUGAUCAAAUUACCCGAUUAUGACGCAGCGGAAAUAACUCCCGCGCACGCAGCUUCUGCUGUGCAACUGAUUGUAGAUCCAAUACAUUAUCCGGAGUUUGUGAGCUGGUAGGGGGCAGGGCAGGCACUCGGAUUGCCACGAUGCGUGGCGUGUGCGCUAUAUCGCUAUCUGCAGUCCGUGCCGCGUGGGUGGCAGUCGAUAGAGUCCGCGGGGAUCGAGAGCUAGAGCCUUGUGAGAAGCAGUGUCUUACAUGAAACGGGAUAAGGGACCAGCCCGUGGGACUGCAGAAUCCGAUAAGAUGAGGUGGGAUCGAAG